AUGAAGCGUGGGAGCAUUUUGUUGUUGGCUGCUUCUGCUGCAGUAGCUGCAUAUGUUAUGAAAAUCUUGCUUUUGCUUGAUAUCAACAAAAAAGUUUUCAAUCAUCGACCUGGCCCAUGCCGGAAAGUAGAAGGAGUUGAGCAUGGCUCCGAGGACAUUGAACUUAUCGAAGAUGAAGGCAUUGCUUUUGUAUCGUCAGGCGUGCUGUACAUGUACCAACGUGCAGAGAAUGUGAAGGGCCAGAUACUCCUGUACGACUUCAAUCAAACGGGAAAAUACAAAGCCGUACCAUUGAAGAUUAACGGUGCAUACGAUCAGGAGAAUUUCUAUCCUCACGGCAUCUCUCACUACAAAACAUCUACUGGAAACAUUCGUCUAUUUGUUAUUUGUCAUACCAAAAAAUUCAAGCAUUAUGUAAUGGUGCUUGACUAUGAUCGUAAUUCUAAACAGCUCAAUGUCGUCAAAACCAUCAAGGACGAUAAGUUUAUUAGACCUAACGAUCUGGUAGCGGUGUCAGAAGAUAGCUUUUUGCUUACUAAUGAUGGCUCUGCACAGUCACAACUUGUAGAAUUUAUUCAUUGGCUCUCGAUGAUCCCCACAGGAAGUGUCGUCUACUACGAUGGGCAGAAAUCUUCGUGGGUGCUCUCAAAGUCAACAUGCCCCAACGGUAUCGUAGUGCACCCUGAUGGCAAACACGUAAUUAUAUCUCGAUCAACGAACCGAGUAAUCUCCGUGUACCUCGUAAAGAAGAAUUUCCAAUCGCUUUCGCGCUUAAUUGAUGUUCCCUUGGAGACCACAAUCGACAAUCUUAACAUUGAUAGCGACGGAGUACUAUGGACUGGUGCUCAUCCAAUAAUGAGGGAGGCAUAUACUCAUCUUGGUGAUUGCGACAAUCCUCAUUACCGUUCACCGUCACAGGUUCUGCGAAUUAAAUUCUCAGGCGAUUUCAAGACUUGGGAGAUCACCGAACCGUUUGCUGAUGAUGGCAGAUUGAUAUCAGGUUCAUCAGUUGCGGUUUCGUAUGGAAAUCAAUUAUUGAUUGGAUCCGUGUGCCGAGAACUCGUUCACUGCUACACUACGAAAGAUACAUUAUGAAUGCACCUGGCUUGUUGUAUAUGUAUUUGGUGGCUGCAUCUAUUUAGGUGUUUUUUGAUUGUGCCUUGACAAACUCGACAAUUCUUCAGAAUACCUUUUCCUGCAGUGAUUAUGCUCUGGAGUGAAUCGCUUAUAUAGGAUGUUCCAGAAAAUGU